AUGGAAAGUUAGUGUGUAGAUUCAUCAGAGCUUUUUGCCACUUUUGUUGUUCUUCCUCUGCUGGAGAAAAAGAAAAAUAGUUACUCUUGUGUAGUGUUGCUAUAGAAGCAUAAGGAAAUACGUUAUGAUUCAUUAAGGAAUUUUACGAACAGAAAAGUAUCUCAGUACCCCCAAAUAUGUUGUGGUGCUCAUAGAAGCACCAUUAAAACCAAACAACUUUUCAAUAAAUUUAUUAAGGAAAGUACUCUGAAGUUCCCAUUUUAAGGAUUAGAACCAGUAUGGAGAAAUGCUGAAGAAGGGCAACGAGCAUCUAUAAAGAAUAACAAAACAACAUGGCAGAAAACAGAAGACCCCUUACAAACUUUCUCCUUUGUAGUUGUGUCUUUACAAUAACUCUCUGGAACAAUAUCAAGCCAUCUGAUGAAAAUGAAUUUAUUGCAAACUAUUCCAGCAGCUUACUAGAAGACAAUUCUGAUUAUGAAACCAAGAGCCUGCCGCUCUCACACACAAAGAGGCUUCAGUUUGCAUCAGCAGAUAACAGAAUAAACCAUUCUAGUUGGGAUGUGGUACACAAUACUUCGGACAGUUUAGUACUGUCAAAUAUCCCAGAGAAUGGAAUCAGUGAUUUAAUACAAUUAUUGUCAAAAUUCAACAAAACCUCAGGAUUACAAAAUCUUACUCUGAACAAUAUUACAACGUCCUGGAAAAACUUUAUUAGAAUUCUUCAGAUUGUGUGGCAUACAUCCAUUGAAUAUUUCAAUAUCUUCGAGAUGAAACUGUUGUCAGAUAUUAAAAAGCAAUCCUUCAACUACACUGGUACUUCCAUGAAAGCACUGAUAAUAACGAAUGUUUCCAUUGAAGUAUUCUAUUUUUCACAGGAUGACCUAUACCGCAUAUUUUCAGAGAUGAACAUUAGAGCCUUGACAAUAUCUGAUUCGAAGAUAAUACAUAUGCUUUGCCCUUCCGAACGAAGUCAAUUUCGCUUUUUAAGCUUUUCAAACAAUGAUUUGACAGAUAUGGUUUUUCAAGGCUGUAAUAAAUUAGAUCUCCUGGAAACACUUAUUCUACAGAGGAAUCAAUUAAAAAAACUUUCCAAGGUGAGCUCCAUGACAAGUAAAAUGAAAUCACUGAAACACUUGGACAUAAGUAGGAACUUGUUGUAUUAUGAUGAGAACCACUGCCACUGGGUUGGAACGUUAGCUAAACUAAAUUUGUCCUCAAACAAAUUGACAGACUCAGUUUUUGGAUGUUUGCCAAUCAGUGUCCAAAUACUCGAUCUACAAAAUAACCAAAUCAGAACUGUCCCCAAAGACAUUACUGAACUGAAAGCUUUGAAAGAGCUAAACAUUGCAUUUAACAGGUUAACUGAGCUGCCUGGGUGUAGUCAUUUUAGGGGUCUGGAAUUACUGAAUAUAGAAGAGAAUUCAGUUCUCACCCCAUCAUCUGACUUUUUCCUCAGCUGUCAAAAUAUCAGAGCGCUCAGAGGAGGGCACAAUCCAUUCCAAUGUUCUUGUGAACUACGAGACUUUGUUAAUUUGGAAAAAAAAUCAGGCGGAAGGUUGGUUGGCUGGCCAGAGUCUUAUGUGUGUGAAUAUCCGGAUGACUUAAAGGGAACCCAGCUAAAGGACUUUCAUUUGUCUGAACUAUCUUGCAAUACAACUCUCUUGCUUGUUAUAGCUCUAGUUGUCACAGUGGUGGUAGUGGCUGUGACAUCCUUUCUGUGUAUUUAUUUUGAUAUAAUGUGGUAUUUGAAGAUGAUGUGGCAGUGGACACAAACAAAACGUCGGGUUUGGAACAGUCACCCCGAAGAUCUGCAAAGCAUUUUACAGUUUCAUGCUUUUAUUUCAUACAGCGAACGGGAUUCCUUCUGGGUGAAGAAUCAUCUGAUCCCAAACCUGGAGAAGGAAGAUGGGUCUGUACAGAUCUGUCUGCAUGAGAGGAACUUCAUUCCUGGCAAAAGCAUCAUUGAGAACAUUAUCAACUGCAUUGAGAAAAGCCACAAAUCAAUCUUUGUUUUGUCUCCCAAUUUUGUCCAGAGUGAAUGGUGCCACUAUGAGCUUUACUUUGCCCAUCACAAAUUAUUUAGUGAAAGUUCCAAUAGCUUAAUCCUCAUUUUACUGGAACCAAUCCCGCAGUAUCUCAUUCCUGCCAGAUAUCACAAGCUGAAAGCUCUCAUGGCAAAGAGAACAUACCUGGAGUGGCCAAAGGAGAAAAGCAAGCAUGGCCUUUUCUGGGCUAACCUUAAGGCAACUAUUAACAGUAACCUGCCAGUGUCCACUGAAGUGAUUGUGGUGUAGACUGCAAGAUAAUUUACCAAUUCUUGGAUUUUAUCUGUGUUAAUUUUGCUUAUAAUGCAACUAGAUGUGUAAGAAACUCAACUGAUUUACUAUGGAAUGACCCUGUGUUAACCAAAUCACUAUCUUGCUCAUAGUAUUUGAUUGUGUAUCCACAAAUACAUGCAAUACAUGUAGAAAUUAUUAUUUCCACUUCUAUUAGUGAAAUCAUUGUGUAAAAAGUGUUCUUAUAUAGUUUGCCUAUUAUGAAAGGGCAGGAGAAGAAAAUAUUCCUAGUAAUUCUACUGUUCUAAUUAUUUCAUGUUCAGAUGUUCAGGGUGAAUUUUUUUCUGGAGCUGUGUUCCCUUUAAUACUAGUCAUAAUUGAAAAUAAUGGAAAUGAUGAGUGGGUUGGAUGUAAUGAAGUUUUGUAGCAUCAUGCUUUUUAAGGCUGAAAUAUGUCUACAAAUAAUUUUGUGCCUGGCAUGUUCUGGAGUUAUGGUCUUACAGAAUUUCUUGCUUGUAUUAAAUAAAAUAUAAAAGAAAGUUC